AUGUCGAUAAAGAAAGAAUUCUCCGACCAAGCUAGCGUUAUAAUCAAAACAAUAUUAACAUGCUUUAUUCCUGUUGCAGACUUGGCGGCGAUACGUCAACUGCUGGAGAGCGAGACGGGAGGCACCACCUGUCCCAGCUGUAACAUGCCCUUUGACAAGGGCAAGAAGAGGAAACUGAUCGACACUUGCGGGCAUGAGCGAUGCUACUCGUGCAUGUUCAGGAACGAAGCUUGUCCGACGUGCGCGAGGAAUAACCAGGCCCAGCGGCGGCCGGUCAUGGAGAGGUACACCCCCUCGCCACAGCGGCAGGAGCCAGACUGGCAGUCACCGCACCGCCUGCCCAAGCCACCGAAGCAACCCUCCAACCUAGCACAGAGCUGCCCCACACCACCGCACACCAGGAGAAGAUUCUUCCUGAGCCCUAAAUCACUACGCAGUCCCUUCGGGCAGCGCGCGCGCCACUCGCACGACAACCACGUGCCCCUCUCUGGCUUGCCGGAGGAAGGGCCUCGGAAUGCGGCGUGGCACAGCUUGGUGUUCAAUAAGAUCAGGUCGCUGUGGUCCACGCACUCCUCAGUGCCCCAAGGACUCAACCAACUGACAGAUGACGAAGGAGGUCACAUCAAGCAGACCGGUUACGAGUCCAGAAGACAGAAUGACCUGUACAUGCGUUUGGGACUUCUUUUAGGCGAGAGAAGAGGAGCGAGGAAUAAGGCUAGAGACAGCUGUACUUCUCUCGCUUCUCUCGAUGCACAUACACUGGCGUCACAUAAUACCAGUCCGGUAUCAACCCUCACUGGUUCUUCAGAGGUGGAAGUAGCGACACCAUUGGGUCGUGACUCCUUAGGCUCUCUGGCGUCCAUGUCAUUAUCAGCAGCCAGCAACUGUUCCUCGUCCAGUCCUGGUAGCAGACGACAUUCUGUUAACACUCUUCAAAGUGGCAGAUCAGAUGAACUGACGCGAAUGUCCAGUGGAUUCUUCAAAACACGGAAAACAGCAGCCAGACGAUCAGCCAGGGUCAACAGCAAGCAAUCAUCGACAUCGUCAGAAAUCAAAAAAGUUCAUCCAUCACCACAACUUACAUUACGACCACUGUUCUUCGAGGUACCUUCAACAGACAAUCAGAUGUUCUUCUCAGGAAGACAAUGGCUUAUGAGGGAUAUGGAGAAAGCUCUGGACUCUAGUGCUUCAGGUAUCAUAGUAUCUGGUUGUCCAGGCACUGGAAAGACAGCACUAAUACUCCAGCUAGUAGAAUACUCCUGCUUUGGUAGAAAAAGGAACUGCGAAUAUGAAGAAUUACGAGAACAAUCAGAUAUCAGGGAGAUGCUACCAGAGGAGCUCACUAUUGGCAUGUUCACCCACCUGGCUUCACAUGUAGUCGCUUAUCAUUUUUGUCAGGCUGAUAACAACAGUACUUGCCUCGUGGGUGAAUUCGUCCAUUCACUAGCAGCACAACUCUGCCAAGCUCCUAGACUACAAGCCUACAGAGAAUAUCUCCUUAGUGAACCUCAUCUACUCGCUUGUUUGUCUCUCAAAGAGUGCAUCGCAGACCCAGACUUAGCUUUCAUGAGAGGCAUCAUUGAACCUCUCAUAAUCCUGAGGAGAAAUGGAAGCAUAGAUUCCUCAAACAGCAUCAUUCUCGUAGACGGUCUUUGUGAAGCCGAAUACCAUAGACCGGACCAUGGAUACACCAUCGCUUCGUUCCUAGCAAGACAUGUACCAGAAAUGCCUACAUGGCUCAAAGUAGUCGCUACUGUAAGGACACAAUUUUUGGAAUUGUCGAAGCAGUUGCCAUACACCAGGCUGAGUUUAGACGAGUCAGACAAUGUUAACAAAGAUCUCCUGGAGUAUUUCAACACUAGACUUCAAGCUGCUCCUAUCAUAGAAACAAAUAUCAAGUGUUCAACUGGAAAGAUUGAAGGAGUACACAAUUCAGUGAUGAAAUUCGCUCAAUACGUUCUCCACCUAAGCCAAGGCUCGUUUUUGUUCCUAAAAUUAGUACUAGACCUACUUGAAAGGAGUCAUAUUGUUGUUAAAUCUACAAAUUACAAAGUAGUGCCAAUAUCAUUGGCACAAAUAUUCUUGUUGCAAUUCAAUCUACGAUUCCCUACGGUACAGUCAUUUGAGAAAGUCACGCAUAUCCUAAGCGUCUGCUUAGCAGCAUUAUACCCUUUAACUUUGGUUGAAAUAUACUAUUCAGUGAAUUCAUUGCUGGUCAAUACGUUCCUUCCUUGGGAUGAGUUCUGCCACAGAUUCGAAUCCUUGACAGACUUUCUGGUGAAAAGGAUCGACAACACAUACAUGUUCUUCCACCCUUCGUUCAGGGAAUGGUUGAUAAGAAGAGAUGACAAUGAAAGUCCAAAAUUCCUCUGUGAUUUGAGAGCUGGACAUUGUGGUAUUGCAUUCAGGCUAUCCAGGGUACAAGCGCCAUUAGACUCAGAAAAGUCAAUGGAGCUAGGACAUCACAUUUUAAAAGCACACAUGUACAGGAAUAUGGGCCCAGCGCAAUUAGGUUUAUGUCCAAGAGAUUUGCAAGCAAUGUUGGUAGCAACAAGUUCAGCCAAUGUUGGUGAAGCAAUUGCCAAUUUGAGGAAUAUUUACACUCCAAAUGUAAAAGUAUCUCGGCUGAUGCUCUUAGCUGGAGGUUCUCCCAACCAGAUCACAGAAUGUCUUGGUAGUGCCCCACUGCUAUGCAUGUAUGCGUAUCAAGGGAUAUUGGCAAUGGUUGGGCUGUUGAUAGAAUUUGGAGCUGACAUGGAAAUGACGAACUCUCAAGGUUGUACAGCGUUAUCUUUGGCGUGUCAAAGGGGGCACACUGAUGUUGCGAGGAGACUUAUAGCUGCAGGUGCAUCACUUAGUCAUACGGACACUGCAGAGCAGACUCCUCUAGUCCACGCAGCGAAGAAUGGUCACAGGGAUACAGUAAUCUACUUAUUGGGUUGCCAGACUGGCAACGAUAGAAAUUCUUUGGACAUCGAUGAUGGUAGCAUUGAGCAACUAGUUCCAGGAUCACGACAUGCCUUGAUAGCUGCAGCCCAAAAUGGACAUUUAGAUAUUGUGGAAUAUCUUCUUGAUACUGCUGAAUUAAUUCCUGAUGGCAUAUGUCCAGUGACAGGAGAAACAGCUCUCACAGCAGCUUGUUCAUCAGGCAAUGCUGCAAUUGCCGAUGCUCUUCUCAUCCGAGGAGCUACACCAUAUUCCCUAAACGCUCGACAACUAUCACCAUUAGCACUUGCAGCCAAAAAUGGCAGAACAGCUUUAGUACUAAGGCUUCUAGAUUCAGGAGCUGAUGUUAUGGGCUCUGGUGGAAAGAUUCCCUCGAUAUUAGCAGCUGCAGAAGGUCAUGCUGAUGUUGUAGAGAUGUUAUUAAAUCAAGGUGCUGACCCAGACGCUGUCGAUGGUGAUGGAAUAUCGGCUCUUGGCUGGGCGUGUCUAAGAUCCAGAUUGCCCACAAUGAUAGUCCUGCUUGACAAAGGAGCUACCAUAGACCAACCUGACGGUAGCGGUCGUACACCUUUGGGUCUCGCCUGCGGUGGACCAUCAGACCUCGUUGAUAUCCUGCUGGAGAGAGGAGCCUCUUUGGAAAGAGUUGACCACAGCGGCCUUAGGCCGCUUGACAGAGCUAUUGGACAACGGAAUGUUCCCGUCGUCAAUUGUUUCUUAAGAAAAGGCGCUAAACUUGGUCCAACCACGUGGGUCAUGGCUUCGGGCAAACCAGAAUUCAUGCUAAUACUGCUGAACAAGUUAUUAGAAGACGGAAACAUGUUAUACCGUAAGAACCGACCUUCAGAAGCAGCUCACCGCUACCAGUAUGCACUGAAGAAGAUAAACCCACUGAUCAGUGACGAAGGGCUGACGACUCCUACCACUCAACCAGUGCCACAUGAACAUGUGUCAGCUUUUGUGCAGUUGAAGACCAAUUUGCUGCUGAACUUGUCUAGAUGCAAGAGGAAAUUGAACGAACCGUCAGAAGCGUUAGACCUUGCAGCACGGGCCUCUGGCUUGCGUCCCAACGCCUUUGAGUGUGCCUACGCCAUGGCUCGAGCCAUCCUCGCCCUCAACAAGCCGUCAGAAGCUCUUCCUCAUGCUAGAAGAGCAUUACUUCUUGCUCCAAGCACCGAUCUCUCCACCAUGCGAACUCUAAAAGCGCUUCAACAAGAAAUUUUAACAAGGAUCAAUACUGGGUCCCAUAGUCUUAACGGUGAUACUCGAUCUAUGAGGAAUUUUGACACAAUCAGCCUUAAUAUGCCAUAAUGAAAUUCAAAAUGUAUAUCAAUUAUACAAAGUUUUUGUACAAAAAUGGAUAGAACAUGGUUUUUGUUAUAUGUUUGAUAUCUAAAGUGGUUUCUGGCUUUUGACGCUAUUUUUUAACUCGUAUAAUAUUCUUACAUUGAUAUAUUUCACAUAAUAAUUCUUUGAAUCGAAUUAUUAUGCCUGUAAAUAGUAUCUAUGAAAACGAACGAUCGAACUCUUUAAAAUAGAGUGUCUUUGUAAAAGUCAUCAUUAAGAAAAAGGGACAGAGCAUAUUCUGUAUACCUCUAUCCCUUUUUCUCAUUGGUCCGAUGAUGAACUUAAAACUCCAGUUAUUAUUGUAUCUGUAUAAAAGAAACGAGUUAUUAGAUUUAUUAACCUUUUGGUUAAUUUCUGUAUUUUACGAAUGGAUUUUCUUUUAUUUGUAAAUGUUUUGUUGCAGUUUUUUCUGUUGUUAUUCAUGUUAGCAAUAAAAUAUUAAUUACAUUAUUCUUUAAUACGGUUAAUAAACUUAUAAUGUUUAUAAUUAUACCUAAAAUAUCUUUGAGAAAGAAACAUACAUAACUUAGGUUUGUGCGAGAUGUAAAGUUUAUUUAAAUAAUUUCAUUUGACUUUUUUAUAUACGUAAUUACAAUGUGGUUGUUUUUUGAGCUUUAGGCUUUAAAUUAUUAUAUAUUUGUAUAAAAUAUGCAUGGUAUUUCAUUAUAAAAUAUAAACACACCAUUUUAUACUUAAUACCAACAAGUUUAGUGUUCUAAAUUGAUUGGAUUACUACUUUUUACUUGAUUUUUCAGUAUGUAGAUAAUGUUUUUUUUUAAAUAACAUGUUUUUUUACUAUGUAAUGGUAAUACAUGUAAAUAUUGUAAUUCAUCCUAUUACGAUAUAAGUAUUGACAAUGUACAGCGUCUUGAAAUAUAAAAAAUAUAGUUAUAACCUCGAAUAAUUAUAAUCGUGUUUACAAAAUAUCAAUCGCUUGCCAUGUUUUUUUUUUACUAAAGUGCUUUAACUUUUUUUUUAUUAUCGGUGCCUAACCUCUUUGGAAUUUUGCAAUUUUUUUUUAAUUUGUUAAUUUUUAAUCUACAUUUGAGUGAAACUCAUGUGCCCAUGUUCUUGCUUAUCUACUAAUUAUUUUAAUUAAUUAUAAUUUAUUAAAAAUAUUUGAAUGAGUUCAAAGUAUGAGAAAAAAUUAGAAGUGAUGAAAUGUAGUGGAAUUUGUUUGUUUGUGUUGAAUGUAUCUAUAUAAAAAGAGUGAUGUAUGUUAUAAUCUAGUAGUUUAUAAAUAAUUUUAUUUAUUUUUUGAUUUCUUAAAAGUGCAUAGUCGAAAUAUUAGCGAGUGGAAUUAAAAUUAUACAUUUAUAAAAAAAGAAAAUAGGUUUAAAUAAAAAAAAAUCGAAAUAUGUAGUAAUUUUUACGAUUUUUCUGGAAUGAAAAUAUUGAAAUGAUGUCUGGCCAAAAUUUUAUACAUUUUAUUAAGACUGAGGACAAUAUAUUGGUUGAAAUUAUGAUUGUAACGGAUACUUAUAGCUAUGAUAUAGUAUUGUAAGAAAUAUAUUAAGUACAAUAGUUACUCAGGCAGUACAUAUUAUGAUUGUAUUAAAUAUCUUUUUCAUAUGGCUUCAA